CAUUGAUUGGACAUCACUCUCUGGUACAGAAGCUGAAUCUCCCUCAGUGUUUGAAUUUUUAGAGCAUAAUUACCUAAACCAAAUGGUUACCGAUCGAAUCAACUCGACUAAAUAGCAGUUUAGAUCUUAUAGUAACCCGGGAAAAUUUAGUCGGUAAGGUUAAGGUAGGAGAACAUCUCGGUUCUUGCGAUCACAAUUCAGUACGCGUUGACAUUAAAGCUCAAACAAAAGUGGCUGAAAUUAAAAUAAUGAUGUCUAAUUUUUAAAGGUCAAAUUUCGCAGGAACCAGACGUAAUCUGACAGAAAGGGAACACUCCUCUCAUCUUACUUCCAUGGCCCUUAUAAAGCGGAGAAGCAGCCAUUGGUCAUUGCGGAGUCUCAGCAACACGCAGCCCCUUCUCUCUCUGACUCUCCCUUCGCCCCAGCAGUGUUGCCAGUGUCUCGCCUCCCUCCCAGCGCAGAGAAGCCCACAGUCUUCGCACCGUGUUCUUCCCCUCCUCCAGCAAUGGGUCGCCGGCUUCGUGGUGGUCUGCGGUGUACGGCAGCGGUGGUGAUGGUGGUGGUGUUCAUGCAAAUCCUGCCCACCACAUCUGCUCCUGCCCCUGCCGCACAGGACCAGGCCACGCCUCCGCCUCCGGAACCGGCCUACGCCCCAGCCCCAUAUCCAGUCUUUAAUGGCCAGAAGGCCUCAACAGCAAGUGCCGGAGUCCUUAGCAACAAAGGAGGAGCCGGGGCUGAGGUUGUAAGAUUUGGAUCCGGUAGUACCUACAGUAACUUUGGAGGCUUCGGCGGUUACGGCGGCUACGGCGGCUACUUCGGUAACAACGGCGGCUUCGGUAACAACGGUGGCUACGAUAACAACGGUGGCUAUGAUAACUACGGUGGCUACGAUAACUACGGUGGCUACGAUAACUACGGUGGCUUCGGUAACAACGGUGGCUUCGGUAACAACGGGGGCUGGUCUUGGGUUAGGUGGUCCGGCUGAGCGACACCUGCCGUGCUGACCCUGGGUUUGAUCGGUUCGGUAUGAUGUCGUGUCGUGUGUUGUCUUCUUAUUGCGGUGUUGUUUUAUUUCAUUAAUGCAAUAAAGAAUGUACACACCUA